AUAGGACCCAGGAGGGAGGGGGAGGGCAGGGUGCAAGCGCGGCGCCGGGAGCCGGGAGCCGGGAGCCCUGUGGCGUUCCGGCGAAGUCGCUUUGCACGCUGCGGGGAAGCGUCUGCUGGUCUUGGGAGGUGGAGGAAGACCUGGGCCGUGCUCUACCCCGCCAGCCCCCACGGCGUAGCGCGCCUCGAGUUCUUUGACCACAAGGGGUCGAGCUCUGGAGGGGGCCGAGGGGGCUCGCGCCGCCUGGACUGCAAGGUGAUCCGUUUGGCCGAGUGUGUGAGCGUGGCGCCCGUGGCGGUGGAGAGCCCGCCUGAGCCUGGCGCCACGGCCUUCCGCCUGGACACUGCACAGCGCUCCCACCUGCUGGCGGCCGACGGGCCGUCCAGCGCCGCCUGGGUGCAAACGCUGUGCCUAAACGCCUUUCCGAAAGGCAACUGGGCUCUGGCGCCUGCAGGGAACUCACCCAAGCUUUCUGCCCUGGAGAUGCUGGAGAACUCGCUGUAUAGCCCCACCUGGGAAGGAUCCCAGUUCUGGGUAACCGUGCAGAGGACUGAAGCUGCUGAGCGCUGUGGCCUACACGGCUCCUAUGUGCUGAGGGUGGAGGCUGAGAGGUUGACUCUCCUGACUAUGGGAGCGCAGAAUCAGAUACUGGAACCACUCCUUUCCUGGCCCUAUCCUCUGUUGCGUCGCUAUGGCAGGGACAAGGUCAUGUUCUCUUUUGAGGCAGGCCGCCGCUGCCCCUCCGGCCCCGGAACUUUCACCUUCCAGACGGCACAGGGAAAUGACAUCUUUCAGGCAGUUGAGACUGCAAUCCAUCUGCAGAAGGCCCAGGGCAAGGCUGGUCAGGGGCAGGAUGUUCUCAGAGCUGAUUCUCGGGAAGAAGUGUCAGAGGGGAAGCUGGCUUCCCUACCUGCCGCCCAGGAGCACCCUGGCAGCCCUCCAGCCCUGUAUGCUGAACCCUUAGACUCCCUGCGCAUUCUUCCAGGUCCUUCCCAGGAUUCUCUAUAUUCAGACCCCCUGGACAGCACCUCUGCUCAGGCAGGGGGAGGGGUACAGUUAAAGAAAUCUCUCUACUGGGACACGUAUGAGCAUGUGCAGCAGCAGUUACUGAAGGCCAAGCUAACGGACACCAAAGAGGACCCCAUCUAUGAUGAACCUGAGGGUCUUGCCCCAGCCGCUCUCCGGGGCCUUUAUGAUCUGCCUCAGGAGCCCAAGGAUGCAUGGUGGUGCCAGGCUCGGGUGAAGGAGGAGGGCUAUGAACUCCCCUACAACCCUGCCACUGAUGACUAUGCAGUGCCACCCCCUCGGAGCACAAAGCCUCUCCCAGCUCCCAAGCCCCAGGGCCUGGCUUUCCCUGAACCUGGUACUGUAACUGGCGGUGGCAGCAAAGGCCACAGCUCAGACACUGCCCUGUAUAGCCAGGUCCAAAAGAGCAGGACCUCAGGGAGCUGGGACUGUGGGCUCUCUAAAGAAGAGACUGACAGGACUGGGGUCAAGUCAGAGGGCUCCACAUGAGAAGUAGGGCAAGGCUGGGGUUGCUGAUAAGAGGACCGUGGGGGGAGGUGGCACUGGGGAUCAAGGAAACCUGUUAGAACCAGUGGGAACCAGAGGGCUGGAGGGGCCGGUACGAAGCUAGGGAACCAGAUGGAUCAGGGGAGUCAAGGGAAGGAUGAUCAAUACCCAAAAGUCCUGAAGGUGGGACAGAUGGCAGGGCUCAGGGAUGGGCCUUGGGGAGGCCAGCAUCCCUAAGUCAUCCCUCCAAAAGGAACAGCUGCUGGACCAGGUCUAUGGAAAGGGUGCUUCGUUGGAGUAGGUACACUUGGAGGGGCCUGCAUGGCGGCUGUAGAGAAAUGCUGGACUGUGCCUGGAUUCUUUCCCCUGCGUUGUUAUUUGCCAGAGAUUUAUUUUUUAAAGUUUUAUUCUCAUUAAAGUCAGUUUGGGUUUAA